AUGUAGAGCUGUUUUCCCCCCGCUCGCGCUCUUUAAUCCGUGAGGUGAGAGGCGCACGCGCCCCGUGGCCCCGCCCCUGUCAGCUGCGCACCACAACAGACGGAGAGCGGCGAGGCGGACAGAAAAACGGAAACAGCAGCGCCGCCGCCAUCAGCGAGCCCAGCAUAAACAUGGCGAGCGGGGAGGAGGCCAGACGCCCCUCGCUUUCCACCUCUUCGGUCGGCCUGGAGGAGCUGUUCCCGGGCGGAGCGGAGCCGGGAGACCCGGAGCUGGCGCGGCUGCGGCGGAGGCUGCAGGCCUGGCUGAGCCCGCAUGAAGCGGCUGUGCUCGGCCUGCAGCGCCUGCUGGUGUGGGAGAGGCCCGUGCGCAGCGGAGCCGUGGCGCUGGCGCUCAACACCGCCUUCUGGUUGCUGUCCUCCACGUCCUUACGACCCUUGUUCCUUUUGAGCGUGUCUCUGCUUGUCUUGACUUUGCUGGAAAGAUGGAAAGACAAGCUGCCUCAGAUCACUGUGCGGCAUCCAGAGGUGCCUGUCGUGGUCAUAGAAAGAGAAAGCAUGAGCGUCCAACCCAGGCUUUUAAGUGUGGCUGAAUUGAGUCAUCAUCUUGCUGAGAGCUAUCUUACCUGUAGUCUCUAUGUCCAAGAGAUGCUUCAGUUCAAGCGGCAGAAUCACGGCAAGUUUUGUGCAAUGACAUGCUCGGGGUGCCUCAUGCUGGCUGUGGUUGGCCACUAUGUACCUGGAGUCAUGAUCUCCUAUAUUAUAUUGCUGAGCGUCUUGUUGUGGCCUCUGGUUGUGUACCACGAGCUGAUCCAGAAAAUGUACACGGGGUUGGAGCCCAUCCUAAUGAAGCUGGACUACAGCAUGAAGGGAGACGCACAGCUCCGCAAGCAUGACAAAAGAAAGGUGAAGAAAGAGCAGGAUGAAGGAGAUGAGCCGAGGGCAGAAACGGAGAGUGAGAGUGAGGAGGAGCUCUCCUGUUUCGCUCCCACUGUGGACGUGAAGACCACGGCCCUUGCCAUGGCCAUCACAGAUUCAGAGCUGUCUGACGAGGAGGCUUCUAUAUUGGAGAGUGGGGGCUUCUCUGUGUCUAGAGCUACUACACCACAGCUCACAGAUGUUUCUGAAGACUUGGACCAGCAGAGUGUUCACAGUGAACCUGAGGAGAGUUUCUCCAGGGACCUACCAGAGUUCCCCUCAGUGGAUGAAUUCCCAUCUAUUGAACCUGGUCUGUUUCACUUUCCCCUGGGUGUGCUUGGGUCUGGUCGGUCUGAGGGCUCCAGCUCAGAGCACCAAGAGGACUCCCAAAGCCCCACCAGCCUCCUCAUUCAGCACUUGGCAUCCCCUCUACACUUUGUCAACACGCACUUCAACGGACACGGACGAUCAUCCGGGGCCGACAGGAGUUCGCCCGGACACGGGGACCAAGGAGGUGGAGCGUCACGGGUCACGCAAGCACCUCCCCGGUCCCUGGAAGCUCUCAGUGAAGAGAUUGUGAGCACAGCCAUCUCCACUGUGGUACAGAACACUCUUUCAGCCCUUUUGCGCUCCACAGAGGCCAGCGAGGCGCCUUCCAUGGCAGAGUUCCUCCCAACCGAGACGCCGCCUUGUCCGAUAGAGUCGCCCCUCGAUUCGCCACUCGAGUCACCUGUGGCUCAAGAGGCGAGUGACGAGGACGUGGAUGUAACCGCCGAAGUCAGCACCGAGGAGCAGCCGGACGUAACGCUUGUGCCUGCAGAGGAGGAGGACUUUGAACUUCUGGACCAAAGUGAACUGGAACAGAUGGAUGAAGGGCUGGGCCUGGGUUUCGACAGACAGGGAACGGGUGGGGGCGGCCCGUUAGCAACGGACACGCCUCCAAGCAGCCAACAACAGCAGGCUGACCAGCAAGAGUCCUAGCUUACUAAACUGUCCCUUUUAUUUAUAGCCCAUGUAGAUGUAUAUACCAUACACUGACAUAUAUAUAUAAAUAUGCUUUAUGAAAGGGUCUGUCCUUUCUGCUAUUUGUGUUUUAUUGGGUUGAAAUCACUGUGACUGACUGAUUUCUUUGUUUUGUUUGUUUUGUUACUUUCUUUGGUUUUGAAAACUGGUAAACCAAACAAACCACACUCAAAAAAAAAAAAGAAAUUCUAAAUUUAGUGGUGCAUAACUUUUGGAGUCUGAGCAGGGGUAAUUUUUUCCAUGCCCAAUAACUACAAUUAUUUGGACUGGUGGAGUUGAUCUCUUUCUGAAAACAAGAUUAAUAAAUUAUGAUAUAUUGUAUGUAUGUACGUAUGUCUGUAUGUAUUCUAGACUCUAGAAUUAAACUUCAAGGCCAUAUUAUUUCUAUCACAUCUUCUUAGAUCUAAGAUUCAGUACACAGGCCAGUCUUGCUUUAUGCUUCUAUGAUUACGUCAUGCUUCUGCCUCAGCAAGGGCAGUCCUGUUUACCACUCCCGGCUAACCAUGAGUGAAAUCCACACUGCAGGAGUUCACAAGCAACUGUGGGAAGAUUUCACAAGGUUGUACAGUCAGUGAUAAAAAAGAACGAUUGCCUAAUAGGAAGGUUUGUUAGCUCUUCACCUAUUGGCUGGUCUUGAUCAGAGACUUGAGUUAGGUGCUUUUCCUUUGCAUGGUGUCUACACUGCUUGAUGCAAAUUUGGUGCCUGAUACUUUUUUUCAUAUGUGCUUACUUGUGGUUCCAAGCAAACCAGAUUGGGAGUAAAACGUGGAGUUUAAAAGGGCUUGACAGUGUUUAUAUCAUAUAGAGUAUCUAUAUGAAUAUACAGCUCUGGGAAAAAUUGAGACCAUAUAUGUUUGAGUAAAAUAAACAUUGUUUCAUUCUGUAAACUACGGACAACAUUUCUCCCAAAUUCCAAAUAAAAAUAUUGUCAUUCAGAGCAAUUAUUUGCAGAAAAUGAAAAAGAGGCAGAGCUUUCAGACUUGAGAGAAUGCAAAGAAAACAAGUUCAUAUUCAUAAAAUUUUAUGAGUUCAGAAAUCAGUAUUUGGUGGAAUAACCCUGUUUUUUAAUCACAGUUCUCAUGUAUCUUGGGGUGUUCUUCUCCACCAGUCUUACACACUGCUUUUGGAUAACUUUAUGCUGCUCACUCCUGGUGCAAAAAUUCAAGCAGUUCAGUUUGGUGUGAUGGCUUGUGAUCAUCCAUCUUCCUCUUGAUUAUAUUCCAGAGGUUUUCAAAUUUGAUAAUCAAAGAAACUCAUAAUUUUUAAGUGGUCUCAUUUUUCCCAGAGCUGUGUAUCAAAAUAACAAAUGAUUUCUAUAUACAUUCAGUAUAUAUUUUUUACAGCAUCUGUCACUAACUGAUGUUCAUUAUCCAGUAUAUUAUAGAUGUAUCGGGUAACAUGUAUUCUUUAAAUGCAUUUAGGUGCUGAUGUCCGUUGUGGGCAUCAUAGGCAGUUUUCCUGUGGCUUUUACAUUGUUCAUAUCAGAUUCCUUAUCGUUGACAUACACAAAGAAGCCACUACCAAAAAGCCUAAAAUACUAUUACCAUCAGCAGUCCCUAUUGUUAGUGUUUAGUAGUGACAGAGUUUUUUUUUCCCAGCUAAGUUUUGGGAGGAACUUGUGUAGGCACCAUGCAGAGGAAAAUAACACCAUUACAGAGAAAAGCAGCUGAAAUACUUCCCUAUAUAAUGUCUAAUUUGGGCCCAAUUCCUAGUCUGGCUCAAGAAAAGGAAGAUUGUUUUUUUUUUUUUUUCGUUUUUUUUCUAAAACAAAACUUGGUGCAUGCAGCCAAGUAGCUGAGCAGCCACCCAGGCUGAAUUUCUGCACGUAUAAUGGCAGACAUUAGCACUCAAAGAUAUUAUAUUUAUAGUGGUAAAGAAAUGUUUUGUUUUAUAGCCAUGUUAAUAUAUAUAUGCUGCUUUUUUAUUUUUAAAUAUUGAUUUGGUAUAAAGUAAUAAUCUACAGUAACGUACGUAUGCCUUGUUGAAUAUGGGAAAUGGAUUUUUACAUUCUAGAACAAUUUGGCUUUUUUUUUUCCAGAUAUUGCACAAUUAAAAUAUUGGAAGUGAAAGUAACAUGGGGAAAACAGAAUUAUAAAAGUAUGAAACCACACACAUCAUGUACAAUUUCUUUUAAUGGUUGUGUGUCUUGGUGAUAUAUUAAGCACUUAUGAAAUUUCACACAAAAUGUGAACAAUACAGAGAUUGCCCAUUUGCAGUUCAUUUUUCCCAUUCAUGCUGGUUGCAUUUAAUGCCCAGCGUGGACCGGAGAGGAUGGAUGCACUUUUGUUUCGUUUUCAUUCUGAAUCUUUACAGGCAUUAUAAUUAACCAUUUAAGAGAAGCCCACACACUGGAACAUUGUAACAUUUGUUCUUUUUUGUUUCUUUUUUUUGUCCUUUUUAUUUGUAAUUAACAUGUCAGAUUGGUUGUUUGUAAAGUCUAACUGGAUGUACCUGAUUGUCUUCAAAGUCUGUAUAAUCAUUUGAUUUAUAUUAGUUUUCAAAAAAAAUUCAAAACAUCUGUUGAGCACCUAUCAUCACUGAUCUGUUAUGUUCAGUUAUAUAUUUCACCAUCAAGUUUUACAUGUUGCAGUUUUGAGAGUUAUGGGUUGAGUUAAGGGUUACAUUUCCCUCUUUUUUGAAGUGCCCGAAAGCCUCAAAAACCUUGGGAUAUCUUUGAAAUGAAGUGGUGUUUUAAACCAGAGCUCUUAAGGAUGUUUUUCGUUUUCUUUUCUAGAAGCUUCCACAAAGUUCCUGUAAUCUGUACACAGUCACAUUUUGUUGGCUACAGUUUUCUUAUCUAGUUAGCUCACGCUUUGUGUGCAUUUUGUUGCUGUUGUAACGGGACUUGAAGGAGCAGUUUUUGACUAAAUUAAUUGAAGUGAUUUGUCAGUGACCUCAGAUACAGUAAAUCAGCCAACACAUGUCUGAUAUCUGAAGUUUGCUUCUGUAGCUUGGAACAGGAAAUGGUGGGCAAAGGUUCCUUACAAAGACUGGAAUUUCAAAGUCACCAGUCUCAUCUCUAUCAAUUCCCACCACAGGCCCAGUCCCCACGUAUCUGGAUAUAAAAAAAGGAAGUUUUUGUCAGUCAUUUCGGUUUGUGAAAAAACGUUAGGAAUGGAGCUUUUAGAUUAAGCUGAUGUCCCAAUGCAUGCUUGUUUUUGGCUGAAUCUCGAACACCUCCUUACUCCCUAUAUAGUGAAUGAAAUACGUCUAUGAAGUAAUGAAGUAAAACUACAACCUCUACACACAGAAUGCUCUAGAUUACGGUUCUACUACAUAUAACAUAAUGAGAAUCUGUAAAUUCUUGACUUGCAUAGUGCACUACUUGUAUGUAGAUAUGUAGUAGUGUGUAAUUUGGGAUUAAACCUUAAACCUGUUUUCCUGUUUUCUUCCUUUGUGGUGUUUUGACUUCUUGUUUUGUGAGGUACUAUCACCCCAUACCGGGCUAACAUGCUCUUGCAAUGAGUUUUUUUAUUUGUCUGUGUGCAGAGAAAUAAAUAUUUUCAAUAAAAAUGUUUUUAACAAUAUCCUUAUACGUGUGGAUGGGGCUUCAACCAUAGAUUUCAAAGAAAAGAAAUGGAAAAUAAAAAAUAUUUUGAAAUAUAUUUAUCUCUAUAUGUGACAAGUCUAGUGUUGGUUAGCACCAUUAGCCUAGCAUAUCGGAACCCAUAUUGGAUUAGACAUCUAUUGGCUUAUUGAUUGCAUCUAAGGUCAGAAUUAAACCAUGUUUAUGUUAAGUGAGCAUUUUUUUGAAAUAAACAACUUCUCCAGAGGACCAUUUUA